AGUUUCGUGCAAAACGUGGAAGCGGCUGGUCAACCCAAGAAAAAAACACCACAGAAUCAAGCUAAAGAAAAUUGGAAAACUCGGCAUUGGUCUAAAGGUUUCGCAGAAAAAAAAACAAUUCAAAUUGCCCGAACGUUAGUUUUGAUUAAUAACGUUUAGCAGCAGUAGUUUGCAUAGUGCUGGCUAAACGCAGAGACUAACGAAAAACAAAGAAAAACUGCAGGCUGCGGCUGCCAAACCGGAAAUUCUAGAUCUCUUGGAUCUCACGAUCCCAGCGCAUAAACAAAACAAACAAAACAAAGCGGCACUUUUUGCAACAAAAAACGAUCAAAAAAAAAACCAAACGUAAGAAAAACCCACGAAAAAAGUGACACAAAUAAAGCAAAGCGCGAUCGGUGUGUCCAGUCGAUCUGGUACACCUAUAAUACCACCAUAUACCUCUACCUUUACCUAUACCUAUAGGCCCCCUGAGAAACGCUGAGUGUUGAGUUUAUUUCUGUUUCUGUUUCUGUGUCGGCUUCAGCUUUUUUUUUGUUAUUAUUGCUGGCCAAAAACGAAGGAGAACGAAAAAUCGUCGGCAAAUCGUGGAAAAUCGUGCGCUCUUAAAGUAACAUAUUUAUUUUUAACAAUUUCGCAAGCGUUCAAAUUUUGCUCCAGCAAAAAAUCAGAACUCAGAACUCAGAAUUCAGAAACCAGACAAUCGCAAAGCAGAACAAAAACAAUAAAUAGAUCGGCGGCGCGAUCGUUAAGAAAAACCAAAACAGCGGCGGCAACGGCCGGCGACUUUGGCUCUUAAAAUUAAGUUUGUUGGGAAAUCGACAGGAGAUAAAGGGGCGAAAGGAAGUCCGGCGAGGAUACACGGGGAACCGCUGGCGAGGAUUGCUAGAGAGAUGUCCACGGCGACUUGUGCCCGCUUCUGCACGCCUUUGACAUCCGGCACGGCAGGAUCCACAUCAAAAUUGACAACCGGAAACGGAAGCGGCAACAUGACGUCAUCGUACAAGAAGAAAAUUCCAUCAAACAGCAGCGGCAGCACACAACAAACAACAGCGAAUGACAGCAGCAACACAGAGACCACAUUCACAUUCAAAUUGGGCCGCUCGAACGGAAGGAGCAGCAGCAACGUGGCCUCCAGUGAGUCAUCCGAUCCGCUGGAGUCCGACUACAGCGAGGAGGACGCGGAGCAGGAGCAGCAGCUGCCGGAUCCGGCGACCAACAGCCGGAGCAGCAGCACCACCACCACCACCAGCAGCUCCGCUGACCACGACAAUGACGUCGACGUCGACCAGGAGGAUGAGGAGGACGACGACGACGACGAGGAGGAGAGCAACGGACGGGACGCGGACGAGGCUACCCACGAUUCCAGCGAGAGCAUCGAGGAGGACGACGGCAAUGAGACGGACGACGAGGAGGACGACGACGAGUCCGAGGAGAGCAGCGUUCAGACCGCGAAGGGAGUGCGCAAAUACCACUUGGACGACUACCAGAUAAUCAAAACAGUGGGCACUGGCACCUUUGGACGAGUGUGCUUAUGUCGGGAUCGCAUUUCGGAGAAGUACUGUGCCAUGAAGAUUUUGGCCAUGACCGAAGUCAUUCGUCUCAAACAGAUUGAACACGUAAAGAACGAGCGGAAUAUAUUGCGCGAAAUACGACAUCCGUUUGUCAUCAGUCUGGAAUGGUCAACAAAGGAUGACUCAAAUCUGUAUAUGAUAUUUGACUACGUCUGCGGUGGAGAGCUGUUCACAUAUCUGCGGAAUGCGGGAAAAUUCACUAGUCAAACUUCCAAUUUCUACGCGGCUGAAAUUGUCAGUGCCUUGGAAUACCUGCAUUCCCUGCAAAUUGUGUACCGCGAUCUGAAGCCAGAGAAUCUACUGAUCAAUCGGGAUGGCCAUUUGAAAAUCACAGAUUUUGGAUUCGCCAAAAAGCUGAGGGAUCGCACUUGGACAUUGUGUGGAACACCCGAGUAUAUAGCACCCGAAAUAAUACAGUCCAAGGGCCAUAAUAAGGCCGUAGAUUGGUGGGCAUUGGGAGUUCUCAUAUACGAAAUGCUCGUCGGCUAUCCACCUUUCUACGAUGAACAACCCUUCGGCAUUUACGAGAAGAUACUGAGCGGUAAAAUUGAGUGGGAGCGUCAUAUGGAUCCCAUUGCCAAAGACUUGAUCAAAAAGCUGCUGGUGAAUGAUAGAACCAAGCGACUGGGCAACAUGAAGAAUGGCGCCGAUGACGUGAAGAGGCAUCGCUGGUUCAAGCACUUGAAUUGGAAUGACGUCUACAGCAAGAAACUAAAGCCACCAAUUUUGCCCGAUGUACAUCACGAUGGGGAUACCAAAAAUUUUGAUGAUUAUCCCGAGAAGGAUUGGAAACCCGCCAAGGCAGUAGACCAAAGAGAUUUGCAGUACUUCAAUGAUUUCUAAAUAAGAGAAGAGAAAUCGUCGUUUUUUGUUUUCUGUUGAAAAUUGUUUUAAUUUGCGACAGCAAGAACAUUCAUUAUUUAUACUGGCAAUUAAGUGUUUAUAGUGCUGUGCUAAUGCAAUGAUAUGUAAAGGUACAUAUAUCUAUAUCUAAACUAUAUUAUAAUAUACGACUAUACAUAAACAUACACACAUACAUAGUAAGCCUAAGUUUAUACCCUUAAUGUUAUAUCUAGCAAGUGACGUCUAUAAUUAUUUAUAUAUAUUUAAUUGUUUAAAUGUUCAAAUUGCGAGCAGUCCCUAAACCCAAAAAGAAAUAUCUAUAAAAGUACUGCUAAAGUACAGUAAAGAGUAUAUUAUUAAAAAAACAAAAAAAUAUUAACGUAAAACGUUGAAUAAAGUGAUACAAAUUGAAA